UCAACCGACAAAAUUGUUGUUCUUAAUUUUCUGUAUUUGCAGAUGGAUAAGGAAAUUUAUGCCCUGGAAAAAGCUAUUAGGUAUAUGAAAUACCUUCAAGAACGAGUGAAGAUACUUGAGGAACAAACAAGAAAGGCUGAGAUAGUUACCAAGAAUUCACAGGUGGUGGUGGAGGUGGACGACAACGGAUCGUCGUCGACUGAGCCGCAGCAAUCGCCGGCAAUCAAGGCUAGAGAGCGUGGCAAGAAUGUUCUCCUCAGAAUUCAUUGUGAGAAAAGUAAUGGGAUUUUGGUGAAAAUAAUAAGUGAAAUGGAGAAGCUUAAUUUGAGUGUUGUUAACGCCUCUGUGGUGUCUUUCGGAAGUUUAUCCCUUGAUAUUAAUAUUACAGCAGAGAAGGAGAAAGAAUCCAGUUUGACAGUGAACGAAAUUGUACAAACUGUCGGUGAUGUUCUGCAGAAUGCUGCCUAGAGAGAAAAGGGAGCUGAGCAAUGGAUUCCAAGGGCUAAUUAAGAAAAUGGAACAAGUUUUCUCUCUUUUUUUUCCAUGACCGAAAGGCUAAUUAAGAAAAUGGAACAAGGUUUUUUCUCUUUUCUUCCUUCACAUUUCGGUCAUGCCUGUGAUAUAUUAUUCAGAUUCUAUCAUUUUAUAGUUUACUUUCUCGAUGUAUGUAUGGAUGGAUAUUAAUUUACAA